UGCGAUAUAUGGAUUGUGAGGCCUGUCCCGGCACCUGGCCACCAUCCCAAACCCAAACCCAAACCCAAACCCAAUCCCACUGGCACUGCCACUGCCACUGGCUUUCCCAAAUCCGCCCCUCUGUGAAUUUGUGUUUCCUGUCAAAUGGCAGCUGCCAUUCCAAUGCUGCUGGACGCCAUCUUUCUGAUACCCAGGCUCUUCACCUAUGGUCUCAUUCUGCUGCUCAUCUGCAUAAUGUGCUUCAUUGUGGUCUACAUCAGCCACAAGAUCUACAUCUCCGUCUACGACAAUCUGCCGCUGUCUGGCCACCAACCCAUGCCCAUGCCCAUGCCCAUGCCCAUGGGCGCCAUUCGCGAUUACAUCGACUCACCGGUGCGCCAUCUGCAGAGUGUCCAGAGAGCCACCAGCAGAUCGUCAGCCCAGCAGACGGCCAGCAUGUGUGACCGCUCCAUUUCGCUGCAGAACCGAUCGCAAUUCAUCCAGUCGACGACGGUGCGGAUCACGCUCAGCCUGGAGCCCUGCUAUCUAGUGGGCAUUAAGUUUGACAUGAGUCCCAGCCGGCGUUCCAUCAGCUUCACGUGCAGCUGCGAUCGCGAGCCACCAGUCUGUGUCUGUGCCGCCGUCACGGACCGCCCAUCUGAAUCCGUCCGCAUAAUCCGCUACUAUGACCAGCUCUCCAAGAUCUCGCGGCUAAAAUUCAUGCUCAAGUGCAGCCACAGUCCAACCAUGCCCACCAUGUCCACCAUACCCACCAUGCUGCGGGAAGAGCAGCCCUCGGAUCGCCCUGGACAGCAUCAUGUGGCGACGGAGAAGUACCCCAAUUCCGGAGACGAACAGUAGGACCGGCUGCCAUCGGCACCGGCACAGCAUAAAGCACAGCAGCGCAGGCCGAUGGAAUGACUGUGGAAUGUGGGGCAUGAAGAGGGGGGCAUCUCGGAUGCAUCUAUAAUUAGGUUUUUCAUUUUUGAUUUUGUGUAGAACUCGUUUCGAGCGCCUGCUCGCUCUCACAUCGUGCAUGCGAUUAAAGUGGAGUCGUCGUCGAAUACUCUAUUCAUAGUCUAGUCCGCGGAGACAGGCCUCUCUGUGGUUUCAGGGUCGUCCGGCCAGUGGGUCGUCGCUGGGCGCACUGGGCUCACGCCAGCCUAUUAGAAUCGCGUGACUGGCAAAGGCAUGGUAUGGGGUACGUUUUUGUUUUGUUUCAAGUGCGGUGCACAAGGGGGAAUGUACUCGCCUCGCACCUGUGGCACCUGUCUCUGUCAAUGUCCCCAAGUCUGGCUAUGCGCUUAUCAUUGUGAU